AUGUAUCUAAACCGCAAUAACGAUUUACCUUACGGAUCUGGAUCAUCGAGCAAUGACGAGUCAAUUGUUAACAGUUUUAUAUUCUCGGACGAUAACAAAUCGUCGCAAAAGACUGUCUUGUAUGAAGAGCUCAGACUAAUUGAACGAAAUGAGAGCGAAAUCAAUGUGUGCUGGAAAGGGGCUCACAUGAUGUUAUUUUUCAUGUCAUUCGUCUUCGGGUCCGUCUGUACAAGCUGCAUUCACAGACUAAGGUUGAUGUUCGGUGAAAAAUGCGUGCUCUUCCCUAAGCUCGUGACCCAUUCCACUGUACACCGAAUGGUACAUGAAUUCUUCUCUUUCAAGACUGAAAUACAAGAUUUAGAUUCUGAAAUGCCGGUGGAAUUUGUGACCACCCAGUGGGCCGAAAACAGCGUAUGCUACCUGCCGACCUACGUGCCCCUGGUGUCCGGGUUGGCCGGCUUGGUCUGGACCACCAUGUUCCUCAUGUGCUCUUCGGGCACAUCAAAUAACGUCACUGGCGCGCAAAGACACUGGCGCGCGCUGCCCCUCAUGCUCCUGUUCUGCGCCACCAUGUCGGUGCUAUGCCUUUACGCGUCAGCGGUCACCCACAGUGGUCUACAGGAUCUAUGCUCAAAAUUGGCCGAUGCCACUAAUUCUCCACAGUGGGGUUUCACUUUAAACGUGGCCACGCUAGCAUACAACCGACGCAUCCGCGGCGUGUACCAAGCAACUGUGCUGAGCAUCGUUUCGGCGUGGUUGCACACAAUCUGCUGGAUGUUGUCAACUUUGCUCAUCGUGGCGCGCGUGCUGCUCGCCGUCGAUUUCACGCUGGUGCACGUCCGGGCGCAGCUCGUCGGCAACUUAGACGAUAUACUGCAAAAGCAUGAAAAGCAGAUGAAUUAUUUUAAUGCAGAGGCUGCAAAGCCUUACAAAACAGACAUUGACGAAGACGAUUCAGAAGAGGAAUUAUACGCUACAACAAACACGAAAGGUAACGAAAACACCUUACCACAACUUUUGGUACUACCGAGUGAAAAAAAAUCAGUUGUAUUUGAUGCGAAAAGUAUAGAUAGACAGAUAUUCACUUCUGUAUUAUCAUUAGUCCCUGAAGAAAGACAAAGAUUACUUGAGAUGUAUAUUCAUGAACUCUUAUAUGACUUAUUGAAGAAAGUAGGCAGACCAGUACAAGGUAGUAGUGCAAUAACUCCUAGUAGUACUAUAGCCUUAAGCACUCAAACAGAAAUGAACGUAGACACAGAUGAUGAAAAUGCUGAAAUGUUUGCAAAAGAAUUCACUCAAAAACUUCAUGACAGACUUACCCAGGAAUUCGAUGAAUUCGAACGUCAAAUUAAGACUAAUUUAAAAAUCAAAAGUGGCUCCGAAGAUGAGAUUAUUUCUGAAGAAUCAGAUGACAAAAAAAUAAACAACGACAAUACAGAUAAAUAUGAGGAAAAAAUUAUAAAAAAAGAAAUAAGUGCAAAUGAAACUAAAGAAAAUAGUAAAAGUGAUAAAGUGUUGUCUAGUCGUUCCUAUGUUCGAUUUAACGUUAAAUCAAAUGAAAAUAUUGCAAAACUCGAGAAGGAAGACGAGAAAAAAAAUGAAGAGGACGAACAUAAUAAAUCUGAGGAACUUCAGAAUCUUGAUUUCACUGAUUCAAACGAUGGCGAUAGGGCAGCCCAAAAAAAAGAAAUAUCAAACAACUAUCAAAUAAAAGAUGACGAAAAUGAACAAAAAGAAUCUAAUGACAAAGACAAACCUCGUCGGAGUAGUGAUGAUGAUGACGAUGACGAUAGGUCCGCCCCAAAAAAUAAAUCAACAAGCGAAGAUCCAAAGCAAGGUGAAACGAAAUAA